AUCUGCGAAACGCACCCAAAUUGUAAUCUUUGGUCACUCAGAAAACGUGCUCAAAUAUCUUCAGGCAAGUGAAGUCAGACAUAAUCAUGGCUAUGAAUACUGUUCUCGUGGCGUUGCUUCUUGGAAUACAUUGUGCGUUGGCCUACCCGACUACUCUGGGGCCACCGACCACCUACCCGACUACCAGGGGGCCACCGACCACCACUCCUGAAUGUACAGACAAUAGCGGCAGCGUCAAAAACUGCAUGUCUUACUUUUGCUACGAAGGAAAGUUGCAGCCAUUUGAGUUCACUGCAACGCAGUCGUGCUGUGACAAGAUGCAUCAAGGUGGAGGUGGUAUGCAUCCAAGAUGCAUCAUGAUGUACCCAGAACGCUACGGGACCACACCACCAUCCCUCAUAGGAAAAUGAUGAAACACAAAGUUUCACCAAUGCAUAAAAUAGAGUGCGUCAAGCCUUUCCACAACAUGAUGUUUUUAUUCUAAUAAUCCUUGAUGUUCAAACACACAUAAUGGUGUAAAUACUCCAAGAGUAAUAACGCGAUGUAAAGGCAAUAAAAAAGUAACAUAA